AUGACGGCAGUGGACCUUUUCAACACUCUGGAGGAUUUAAGAGAAGAUGAAUUUAAGCAAUUCAAAUGGUAUCUGCAGCAGCAAGACAUCCUGGAAGGUUACCAAAGCAUCAAAGUGUCCAAGUUGGAGAAUGCAGAAAGGCAGGACACAGUGGAUGUGAUGGUUAAAACCUAUCAACUUCAUGGAGCUCUGAAGGUUACCAAGAAGGUUUUAGAGAAGAUCAACAGGAAUGAUCUGGUCCAGAGUCUGCCAGACACCAGCUCAGGACAAGAAGAGUCAGUGAAUGUCAAUGAUGUUGGAGAGACGUCAGAGAACAGAGGAACUCCCUCCUCUCAGAGCAAAGACGGGAUUGUUCCAGUACCAAAGCCACCACGACACAUCUCAUAUUAUCAACAAAAGCUUCAGCCAAACCUCCAGAAUGAGUUUUUGUGUGCACAAGAGGGGUGGGCACAGAAUAAAGAUGGGCGACCUCUGGAUGAUAUCUACACAGAUCUGUACAUCAAAGCUACUGGUGACGUACACAUCAACACACAGCAUGAGGUCAGGCAGAUUGAGACAGUGAAGCCAACAGAUACAGAGACAACAAUUACACCUUGUGACAUGUUCAAACACCCUUCUGUAAAAAAGAGACCCAUAAGAACAGUACUGACCAAUGGAAUCGCAGGAAUUGGAAAAACAUUUCUUGUGCACAAGUUUGUGUUGGACUGGGCUGAAGGAAGAGCCAAUCAAGAUGUGCAUCUCGUUUUCCCCUUCACCUUCCGCCAGCUGAAUUUAAAGAAGGGGGAAAAGUGGUGUUUGGCAGAGCUCAUUCAUGAAUGUAUCUGGGAGACCAGAGACAUCAAGGAAGAAGCUCUUAAUCACAUUUUUACAGCUCUGCAGUCAUCAGGAAACACCAACUUUGACAAGAGUGAAUUCAAACUUCUGUUUGUUUUGGAUGGACUGGAUGAGAGCCGCCUUGAUCUGGACUGUUCCACCAAUAAAAACCAGACAGUUAAAAUUGAUGUGACAGCACCGACCUCAGUCGAUGAGCUGCUGACAAACCUCAUCAAGAAGAAACUUCUUCCCUCUGCUCGCAUCUGGAUAACCACACGACCUGCAGCAGCCAAUCAGAUCCAUUCUGAUUUUGUAGACAUCAUGACGGAGGUCAGAGGGUUCACUGACCCACAGAAGGAGGAGUACUUUAGAAAGAGAUUCACAGAUCAGGAGCGGGCCAGCAGAAUCCUCUCCCACAUCAAGACAUCACGAAGCCUCCACAUCAUGUGCCACAUCCCAGUCUUCUGCUGGAUCACUGCUACAGUUCUAGAGGAAUUGAUCAAAACCAGAGAGGGAGGAGAGCUGCCCAAGACCCUGACUGAGAUGUACGCAGAAUUCCUGGUGUUUCAGAUUCAUCGGACAAAAGAGAAGUAUGACCCAGAAGAGUACAUUCAGUACAUUGAGUCAUUAGCAAAACUGGCUUACCAUCAGCUGGAAAAGGGCAACCUGAUCUUCUACGAGAAGGAUCUAGAAAAGAGUGGCAUUGACGUCAGUGGAGCCUCGGUGUGCUCGGGAGUGUUCACAGAGAUCUUCAAAGAGCAACGUGGGAGGAAAGAUGAUAAAAACAAGAUGUUUAGCUUCAUCCAUCUGAGUGUUCAAGAGUUUCUGGCUGCUCUUCAUGUAGAGAGCGAAGUCAUUAACAGAAACAAGAAUGUGAUGUUCGGGCAAAGUAUCUUCAAAAAAGUGUGGGAAGUUUUCAGCAGAACAUCAACGACAGAGGUCCACAGGUUUGCUAUUGACAAGGCGUUACAGAGUCCAAUCGGCCACCUGGACUUGUUCCUUCGCUUCCUCCUGGGUCUUUCUCUGCAGUCCAAUCAGGAUCUUCUCAAAGACCUGCUGGCUCAGACAGGAAGUAGCUCACAGACCAAUCAGGAAACAGUCAACUACAUCAAGAAGAAGAUCAGUGAGAAUAUGUCUCCAGAGAAAAGCAUCAAUCUGUUUCACUGUCUGAAUGAACUGAAUGAGCAUUCUCUAGUGGAGGAGAUCCAACAGUACCUGAGUUCAGGAAGUCUCUCCACAGAUAAACUGUCUCCUGCUCAGUGGUCAGCUCUGGGCUUCAUCUUACUGUCAUCAGGAAACAAUCUGGACGUGUUUGACCUGAAGAAAUACUCUGCUUCAGAUGAGGCUCUUCUGAGGCUGCUGCCAGUGGUCAAAGCCUCCAAAAAAGCUCUGCUGAGUGGCUGUAACCUGUCAGAGAGCAGCUGUGAGGCUCUUUCCUCAGUUCUCAGCUCCAAGUCCUUUAGUCUGAGAGAGCUGGACCUGAGUAACAACGACCUAAAGGAUGUAGGAGAAAAACUGCUUUCUACUGGAGUGAAGAGUCCACACUGUACACUGGAGACUCUCAGACUGAAUGGCUGUAACCUGUCAGAGAGAAGCUGUGAAGAUCUGUCCUCAGUUCUUAGCUUAGAGUCCUCUAGUCUGAGAGAGCUGGACCUGAGUAACAACAAUCUGAAGGAUUCAGGAGGAAAGCUGCUCUCUGCUGGACUAAAGAAUCAAUGCUGUAAACUGGAGACUCUCAGGCUGAGUGGCUGUCAUCUGUCAGAGCGAAGCUGUGAAGCUCUGUCCUCAGUUCUCAGCUCCGAGUCCUCUAGUCUGAGAGAGCUGGACCUGAGUAACAACAAACUAAAGGAUUCAGGAGGGAAGCUGCUUUCAAUUGGACUCAAGAUUCCAAACUGUAAACUGGAGACCCUCAGGCUGAGUGGCUGUAACCUUUCAGAGAGAAGCUGUGAAGAUCUGUCCUCAGUUCUCAGCUCAGAGUCCUCUAGUCUGAGAGAGCUGGACCUGAGUAACAACGACCUGAAGGAUUCAGGAGUGAAGCUGCUCUCUGCUGGACUGGAGAGUCAACACUGUAAACUGGAGACUCUCAGUUUGUCAGGCUGUCUGAUCACAGAGGAAGGCUGUACUUUUCUGGCCUCAGCUCUGAGCUCCAACCCUUCCCAUCUAAGAGUGCUGGACCUGACCUACAAUCAUCCAGGAGACUUGGGAGAGCGGCUGCUUUCAGCUAUACGUGAGGAUCCACACGGCAGACUGGACACUCUAAAGCUGGAUCAUUGUGGAGAGCAGAGGCUGAAACCUGGUCUGAGGAAGUGGGCCUGUGAACUCACAGUGGACACAAACACAGUCAGCACAGACCUCAAACUGUCUGACAACAACAGCAAGGUGACAGCAGAGGACGGUAGGCAGCCAUAUCCUGACCAUCCAGAGAGGUUUGACUACUGGUGGCAGCUGCUGUGUAGAGAUGGUCUGACUGGUCGCUGUUACUGGGAGGUCGAGAGGAGCGGAGAGGUUCGUGUAGCAGUAAGUUACAGAGGAAUCAGGAGGAGAGGAGGCAGUGAAGACUGCAGGUUUGGGGGGAAUGAUCAGUCCUGGUGUCUGAGGUGCUCUGAUGGUGGUUACUCUGUCUGGCACAAUAACAGAGAAACAGACCUCUCCAUCUCCUCCUCCUCUGUCUCUGGUAGAGUAGCAGUGUAUGUGGACUGUCCUGCUGGCUCUCUGUCCUUCUACACAGUCUCCUCUGACUCACUGAUCCACCUCCACACCUUCAACACCACAUUCACUGAAACCCUUUAUCCUGGAUUCUGGUUAGGGUGGCCUGGUUCAGUGUCUCUGUGUUCUGUGUAGGACAGAGAGUCUCCUCCUGUGCACAGAAACACACACUGCUGACCAACACACACAAUCUCUCUGUAAAUCAAACUCAACAUUACAAGAGAACAAGACAUUAAAGGAGUCACUAAUAUAUACACUUUAUAAUAACCAACACUAAUUAAUGGGAAAUUGAUAGUUAAACUUUUGUUAUUUUACUGUCAACAAACAAUUAAAUUAUGAUGUAUAAUGUUUACUAAUAAUUAGUAUUAACUUAAGUUUAACUAGUAAUUUAACAUUUAUUAGUGAUGGUUAUUAUAAAAGUUUUUUUCAGGUUUUUGGGGCACUUCUGUGAGACUUUUUAUUACAUUUGUUUAAAAACUUAAGCAAAGAUCAUCUCUAAGUAAAGAUAGGUCAUCACACACAGCGCCAAUGGUCUGAAACGGUACCCACUUCCUGUCUCCUAAAGGUGCGUGGCCUCGUUUGAAAGUGUAGUGAACGUCGUUUGGAUGGA